UCCACUUUGAUUUCAGUUCUAGUUGACUUGUUGUAUGCGCGGCUGCUUAGAUUGUGCCAUCACCUAUCGCUGAAAAUGAGGUUCGCGUAUGUGCUAGUGGUCGUUGCGUCUCUGUACGUAGCAGGACGUUGUUCCGAGGUCAAUUCUGGUGUCAGUGCCGCUUUGAAAUUGUACGAAGAGUGCAGCAAAGCCGAGGGAUUCUCGCCCUGUCUCAAGAAAAAAGCCGUCACCAUCUUGGACCGUCUAGGGCGCAUGCAGAAACUCACCCUCGUCGAAGGGAUCACCGUUGUUCACCAAGUAGACAGUGCUCCUGAAUCAAUCACGGAAGAACAGCUAGAUGCUACUCUACCCAGAGGAUUGGACGCCCAAGAGGAUGCCCUCGACAACAUUUUAGCCGAUAAGGCUGCCAAGUUCCUCAGUGCCAGCACCUUGGAAAUCUCCCCGAGAGCUAUCGAGAACGAAUUUGAAGUAGCAAGAAAAGGUUCCGGUGGAGGCGGCGGCGGCGGCGGUAAGGGCGGAAAGAAAGGCGGCAUGAUGGGACACAUGAUGAUGAUGAUGGUGGGCAAAAUGGCCAGCCUUAUCCCGAUCGCGAUCGCUGGUCUUUUCCUCCUCGCUGGAAAGGCUUUGAUCACUGCUAAGGUCGCCCUUCUUCUGGCUGGAAUUAUCGCUAUUAAGAAAUUGUUCGCCUCCAAACACCAACAACCCCAUGUUGAGCAUGUUCACGCCUCUUCACAUGGAGGACACGGUGGAUGGCAAGGAGGCAGUGGCGGAGGAUGGGACAAGAGGUCCUUCGAUGAAGCUCAAAUGCUCCAGUAUCGCGCGACGAAAACACUUGCUAACGCGUUGCACAGCCGAGUGCACUUGCUAAGCGGGGCACCAAUCGGGUUGCGGAAAGAAUUUUCUAGGUCAGAGUCGGCCAAUGCCAAGGCCGGGGUGCACCCCGAUGCCCCGCGAAAUCGCAGGAAAAUUUUGCGGGUAUAUAACCCGAGGGAUUGCACUGAUCUGCAUCAGUCGUCGAUCGAAGUGCAAGCUGUGAGUGAACCGAAGAACUUUUCAGUGAGAAUGAGAUUGACGUGCGUGCUCGCGGUCCUUUUCGUCGCCGGUACGUCGGCGCAAGACGUCGAAAGUGGUCUAAGAAUCGCCCUCAAAGUCUACGAGGACUGCAGCAAAGCCGAUGCAUUCGCGCCAUGUUUGAAGAAGAAAGCCAUAACCGUCCUCGACAGGGUUUCCAGGAUGGACAAACUCUACGUAGCCGACGGAUUCGCCAUCAUCAAAGCCAAAGAUACCCAACCAGAACCUACCAUCACCGAGGAGCAACUGGAAGCGACUCUGCCUCGCGCCCUGGACGCCAAAGACGACGCUCUAAACGAUCUACUAGCGGACAAAGUUACCAAACUCAUCAGCUCACGCUCCUUGGAAAUAUCGCUACCCAAGAUCUCACCAAACGAAGUCCUGGAAGAAAGUAGAGGAAAGAAAAACAAAGGUGGGAUGGGCAUGAUGGGCGGCAUGAUGAUGGGUGUAGCCGCCAAAAUGGCCGCCUUGAUCCCUAUCGCAAUCGCCGGCUUAUUUCUCUUGGCGGGUAAAGCCUUAAUCACCGCCAAAAUCGCCUUGCUCCUCUCCGGAAUCAUCGCGCUCAAGAAACUUUUCUCCCAGAAACACCACGGCGGCGGUCAUCAGAGCGUCGGCUGGCAGUCGGCCGGAGGCGGCGGCGGUUGGCAAUCCGGCGGCGGCGGCUGGGAUAAAAGAUCCUUAAAUGCAGCCCAAACCGCACCAUAUAAAGCAUACGUGCCUAAGUAACACUGCAAUGACGUUUUAGUCAACUUUUUUAUGUACAAACCAUUACUAUAAUUUCAUCUUGAUAC